UGUUCAGCUGUUUGUCUGUCUGUCUGUCAGUUGAAGGGCUACAGUCACUCGAUAACCUUGUUAGGCUUCCCUUAUCUCUCGUGUACUCUUAUGUAUCAUCUUGUGAUAAGAGAGCUAAUAAGGCUCAAGAGUGGAAUAACAAUUAGUCAGUGGUAGUGCAGAUCAGAAGGACGUGGAACUCUUGGAUCCGUGGUGGAUUGUUACAUAGAGAUGGCCGACCAGAUAGUGAGUUUAGGAGAACAGAUCAAGCCGCAGACAGAUCUCCAGGGAGCCGUGCAGUUGGCUGAGCGUCUGUACGGAAUCACGGUAGAGGCUGCCAGAGAACUCGACGGCUACGACGAUAAAAACUACCACCUGAAGGUAACCAAGCCGUCUAGUAACAAAUAUUUACCGCAGCUCUGGCCUCAUGGGUACGUUUUUAAAAUAAUGAACUCUUCAGACUCCAAGAAGUUGGAUUUCGUAGAGGCGCAGUGUGAAAUCAUGAUGCAUUUGGAUAAACAUGGAAUAUCCACUCCUCAGCCACAAAAAAACUGCAGUGGAAGAUAUUUUUGUUUGGAAAAAUUACAAAAUGUAAGUGAAAAUAAAGAUAACAAUGAAAGUAAGAAACAUGUAGUACGGCUGCUGACAUUUCAAGACGGUACCUUGUUAAAAGAUGUUCCUAAGUCUUGGUCUUUGUAUUACGAAGUUGGAAGAUACACAGCACAGUUGGAUUUAAUACUUAAGGAGUUUUUUCAUCCUGCCUACAAACAUUACUCAUCACUGUGGUUGCUCAAAAAUGCACCAAAAAUCAAAGAAUACUUGUUUGUGGUUGAUGAUGUGACCAAAACAGCAACAGUGGCAGAUGUCAUACAACAGUUUGAAGAGAAUAUACUGUCCAGAUUUGAAAAUCUACAAUCAGGGAUGAUUCAUGGUGACAUCAAUGAAGUGAACCUGCUUUGUAAGCAGAACAACACAGGAGACUGGUAUGUGAGUGCUGUUUUAGACUUGGGUGAUUCACAUCACUCGGCCUACGUGUUAGAACUUGCCAUUGCCAUGGCGUAUAUGAUAUUGUUGGGUGAGGACAUAGAGACCGGAACUCACGUUAUCGCAGGCUACUGCUCCCUCCACUCUCUGCCUCUGGACGAACUCAAACUUCUCAGGGUGGCUGUUUGUGCACGGCUGUGUCAGAGUCUAGUACUGGGACUGUACACCCAUACACAAGACCCAGACAACAAGUAUGUCCUCAGCACUCAGACUGCUGGCUGGUCACUUCUAGAGCGUCUCUGGUCCUUUGAUGCUCAACAAUUGGAGGAGAUGUGGUUCAGCCGUCUUCCUAAUGAUUCAUAGUGCCAUUUACUUAAAUUAUAUUGGACACUAUGAAAACAUCCCAUUACACUAAGAUAUAUCUAAUUAGUAACCCCAGAUUAAUAAAGGAAUUUUCAGAACAAAAA